GAGAAAACAUGGCGGAGUAUACGCGGGUGCGGAACUUUCUGGCACUGAUUCGCCUCCGAAACCCUCCUUUCAACGUGAUCAGGUAACAGGCCCAGUAGCUUCCAGCCAGGGCAACCGUAGCCUCACCCGCACGCCUGCUCCUCAGGCUUUGCUUCUCCCCUGUUGGUUUAGACCGAGAAAGAAACUGACACAGAUUGAACACCUGUGAGGCUGUAGCCCAUGGACUAAAAGAGGGACUGCAGAAAGCUAUAGAGGACCCCAUGGUAAAAGCCAUUGUGAUUUGUGGAGCAAAUGGCCAAUUUUGUGCAGGUGCUGAUAUCCACAAGUUCAGUGCUCCCAGGUCCUCUGUCUUCUCAUUGGGAUCCUUAGUAGAUGAUAUACAAAGAAGUGAGAAACCUGUGGUUGCGGCUAUCCAGGGCGUGGCUUUAGGAGGGGGACUAGAGCUGGCCCUGGGCUGUCACUAUAGGAUUGCCCAUGAAGAGGCUCGAGUUGGCUUACCAGAAGUCACACUAGGACUUCUUCCUGGUGCAAGAGGUACCCAGCUUCUCCCCAGGCUCAUUGGCGUGCCUGCUGCACUUGACUUAAUUACCUCAGGAAGACACAUUGUGGCACGUGAAGCACUCAAGCUGGGUAUUCUUGAUGAAGUUGUAAACUCAGACCCAGUUGAAGAAGCAAUCAAAUUUGUCCAGAGAGUUUCAGAUCAAUCUCUAGAAUCCCGUAGACUCUACAACAAGCCAGUUCAGAGCUUGCCCAACAUGGACGCCAUUUUCAGUGAAGCCCUUUGGAAGAUGCAGAAGCAGUAUCCUGGGUGCCUUUCUCAGGAGACUUGUGUCCGUGCGGUUCAGGCCUCGGUGCAUUAUCCUUAUGAGGUGGGCAGCAAGAAGGAAAGGGAGCUGUUUGUAUACCUUCAGAAAUCAGGGCAAGCUAAAGCCCUGCAGUAUGCUUUCAUGGCUGAGAGGAAUGCAAAUAAGUGGUCAACUCCCUCUGGAGCAUCCUGGAAAACAGCAUCAGCAAAGCCUGUCACCUCAGUUGGCAUUCUUGGUUUGGGCACAAUGGGCCGAGGCAUUGCCAUGUCUCUUAUAAGGGCCAAGAUACCUGUGAUUGCUGUGGAAUCAGACAAGCAGCAGCUAGAAACUGCAAACAAGGUGAUAACCUCCUUCUUGGAAAAGGAAGCAUCCAAAAUGCAGCAGGAUGGCCACUCUUGGUCAGGACCAAAACCCAGGUUAACUACAUCUAUGAAGGAGCUUGGUGGUGUAGAUUUAGUCAUUGAAGCAGUAUUUGAGGACAUGAACCUGAAGAAGCGGGUCUUUGCUGAACUGUCAGCCAUAUGUAAGCCAGAAGCUUUUUUGUGUACCAAUACUUCAGCCCUGGAUGUCGAUGAGAUUGCUUCUUCCACUGAUCGUCCUCACUUGGUCAUUGGCACCCAUUUCUUUGCACCAGCUCAUGUCAUGAAGUUGUUAGAGGUUAUUCCUGGCAAAUAUUCGUCUCCCACUACCAUUGCCACUGUUAUGAGCUUAUCAAAAAAGAUAGAAAAAAUUGGAGUGGUUGUGGGGAACUGUUUUGCAUUUGUCGGGAAUCGAAUGUUAGCUCCUUAUUAUAAUCAGACUCUUUUCUUAUUAGAAGAAGGCAGUAAGCCAGAGGAGAUAGAUCAGGUGCUGGAAGAGUUUGGUUUUAAAAUGGGACCCUUUAGAGUGUCUGAUCUUUCUGGGUUGGAUGUAGGUUGGAGAUCUCGGAAGGGGCAAGGUCUUACUGGACCUACGUUGCCUCCGGGAACUCCUGCCCGAAAACGAGGCAACAGAAGAUAUUGCCCAAUUCCUGAUAUGCUCUGUGAACUAGGACGAAUUGGCCAAAAGGCAGGUAAGGGUUGGUACCAAUAUGACAAACCAUUGGGUAGGAUUUACAAACCUGAUCCCUGGCUUUCCAAAUUUCUGUCACAGUACAGAGAAACCCAUCACAUUGAACCACGUACCAUCAGCCCAGAUGAGAUCCUUGAACGCUGUUUAUAUUCACUUAUCAAUGAAGCAUUCCGUAUCUUGGGAGAAGGGGUGGCUGCUAGACCAGAGCACAUUGAUGUUAUCUAUUUACAUGGAUACAAAUGGCCAAGGCACAAAGGCGGGCCCAUGUUCUAUGCGUCCACAGUUGGGUUGCCCACAGUGCUGGAGAAGCUGCAGAAAUACUACAGGCAGAAUCCUGAUAUUCCUGAGCUGGAGCCCAGUGACUAUCUGAAAAAACUGGCUUCCCUGGGAAAUCCUCCUCUGAACAAAUGGCAAACCUUGGUGGGGCCCCCAAGCAGUAAGCUGUGAUUCAGUCUUUCAGUUAUGCCUUACAUGCUGGCAUCAGGUAAUACACACUGAAUUUCAGUAAAAUUCAACCCAAGGAUACAGAGUAAGACUGCUCUGAAAUAAAAAGCAAAAGAAACACUAUUUGGCCAACUAAACCUUCUUUUUGGGUCUUCUGUCUGAUAAUUCUAAUGAGUCAAAUCUUUAGGAAUGUGCUUUUUAUUCUUCUAAAUUUGCACCUAUCAGAGAAAUU